AUGUUAGAUGGAUUUAUCUUUUAAAAAGUAGAAGUUCAAAAAAAAAAACUUGAGAUUUCAGUCUUUUGCUCAAUUAUUUUAUUAGAUUUCAUAACUGUUAUGCUUAUAAAGAAGGAGAAAAUCAAUGAAUCAACUCAUAAAAUGUCUAUUUUAGUAAUAACAGCUGGAGUUUAUGAAUCUUUUGCUUUAGAUAGUGAUAAAUUUUUAAGAAUAGUAGCUUUUUUUGUUUUACUGCAAAUUUGCACUCGAAAUAUGGAGCUGCAAAAUCUAAGCGUAAAAUUUCUGAUGCUAAUAUUGGCAAUAUAUGCUUAAAUUCGAUUUUCGCUAAGUAGUGAAAAUGAAAAAGAUAUAGAAAAAGGUUAAUAGUUUUUGAAUAUAAAAUCUAAAAAAGAUUAGCAAGAUGAUUUGUUUCUUUCAAAUAGAGAAUGUUUAAGAGAAUAGGAAAAUAAUGAUUUAAAUAACUCACAAAAUAUGUCUAUUUAAGUAAAUAAUAAAAAAAAAUUCAAUGAAUUUGAUCAAAGUUAUCAAAUAACUAAAAAUAACAAUAAUGGAUAAAGAAGUAUAACAAUUUAAAAUUAAUACAAUAUGAAUGAUAUUUCCUCAGAUUUUGUUAAAAAAUUUAAUAUUAAUAAUAAUAAUAAAAGCAAUCUUCAUUCAUAUGCUUUUGAAUAUGAUAAUAGAAAAUAAGCUUAUAUACUUAAGAACGAAUAAAAGCCAUAGAUUAGUUAAGAAUUUUAAUAAAAUAUCUCUUCUCCAAAUCUAUUUUCUUUUUUAAAUAAAUCUCUUAAUUUGAUCUCAAUAGGAAUAGUACUUAUAAAUUAGGAUAAAAAAAUCCAGUAUCGAAAUAAGACAGUGAAAAAAUUUAUCAAUCAUAAAAAUUCAGAUGGUAAGAAUUUUAUGUAACAGUUGCUAUCAAUUUCUCUUUCAAUGUUUAAAAAGGAGGCAGAAAAAGAAAUUCAGUUUUUUGAAGAUAAAUAAAAUAAUAAUUAAAAUAAUCAAAAUAUUAACUUAGAAAACAAAAAUAAACAAAGUUCAACAUAAAAAAAGAAGCAGAUAAUUAAUAGCAUAUUAGAUGAAUAAAAUGAAAAAAUGCAAAAAUAGAGGAAGGCUUAAAAAUCGAAAAUUAAUUAAUAAGAAAAGUUUGGUUCAGUCCUUUAUAAUUAAUAUGAAACUUCAAAGGCAUAGGGAGAAUAACUUUAAAAUUCUAUAGGUUUAAGAAGAAUUGCUACAGCUGAAGUGAUGACAACAGAAAAUAACUCCUAUCAGCCAUAAAAGUUAGUUAAUAGCAAUUUGGUUUAAGAUUUAGGUAAUAUCAUACAGAGUAAUCUCAGUAAUAACAUGAAUACAGAUUAUAGCUACUAAAAAGCCAAUUCAAAUCUUUCUAGCAAGAAUAUUAUUAACAAAAACAUUAUACAAAUGAAAGUUUAUGGCGCUAACACUUCUAAAGUAAUUAAAGACAAUACUGUUUCACCUAAAAUUCUUAGUAGUGAGAAUAUUAUAUAAGAUUUGAAUGCGACUCUAACAGGAGUGCCUUUUUAUAAUGUAUCACCUUCUUGUAGAUAACUGAACCCUAAAAUAAUGACAAAAAGUAUAUUUAACUAGAAUAAUUUAAAUAGUUUAAACUAUGUAAACAAUUACGAAUACUUGAAUAGCUUCAAUAAAGAUUCUAUAUUCCUUCAAUAAAGUGAAUUAAAUUAAUAAAGUUUUCCAUAGUAAAUGCUUUCUAAAUUCAUUCAAUGCUUAAUUCCUGAGAAUAUCGAUUAGCUCUUUAAAAAUGAAAACUUAAUCUUAGAUGAUGUUAUUGAUUUUCUUUUAAUUUACUCAAGGUGUCCUUAAAAAUUGAAAUACAAUACAGAUUAUCACAUUUAACACUAAUCAGAUGAAGAAAUGUUUGAUCAAGAGAAAAAAAACUACAAAAAAAGUUUUUCUUAGCUGAGUAAAAGUAAUAUUGAAGAUGAAUUACCAUUUAAAAAAUAGCUGUAACCUUAGGUAAAUCCUUAAAUAGAUGAAGAGGAAGAGUAAGAAGAUUAAAAAAAUUCAUAAAAUUAAGACGAUUAAAAUUUGAGCAUUCUUAAAAGUGAAAUUAAUAAAAUUGCAAUGAAAAGAGAGAAAAGCGAAGUAAGAGUUAAAAAUUCAAAUGGAUUUUAAAAUAAAUAGUAGUAAUAAUAAUCUCAUAAGUAUAAAGAGAAAAAAUCUAAAAACAAAAAUCAUUAAAAACUUUACUCAUACUUUACUUAAAAUAAUUACCUUCACAUCCACACAAAACUAAAUUGCUCUAGUUUUGAUUCAAGCGAAUAUGAUAAUAAGAUGACAUUUAUAGAAAUAAAAUUGAGUGUUUUAUAGCAAGAAGAAACAGAAAAUCAAUAUGUACUUAUUGAGGUUUCUGAUGUUACAUAAUUCAAAAAAGUAGUUGACAAAGAGAAUCUUGAUUCUUACAAGAAUAAAAUACUAUCAUCAGUUUCUCACGAACUUAGAACUCCUUUAAAUUGCAGUAUUUAAUUGCUGGAUCUUCUCUCUUAAAGUGAAGAAAUUUCAGAUAUUACUAAAAAUGCUUUUGUAAAUCCUGCAAUGUAUUCUAAUUUUCUGAUGCUUAACAUCAUCAAUGAUAUUCUAGACUUGGCAUAAAUAAAUUAUGGCAAAUUUAAAAUGAUUUUUUCUUAAUUUGAUGUCAAAAAAAUAAUAACUGAGUGUCUAAAUUUAAUAGGCCUAUAAGCUAUGGAGAAGCACAUCAUGUUAGAACUAGAAAUAGAUCCUUAAAUACCAUAACUAAUCAACUCAGAUGCAAAUAGAAUACGACAAGUGCUUCUCAACCUCCUAAACAAUGCUCUGAAAUUUACAUAACAUGGUAGCAUAUCAGUAAAAGCUAAUUUGGUUGAGCCAAACCUAAUCUAGAUUGAUGUUGAGGAUACUGGAUGUGGAAUAAAAAAAAAGGAUUUGAAUAAGAUCUUAGGUUAAUUUUAGUAUCAAGAUGAGUUAGAAAAAUCUAAAUCAACAAAUUCUUUAAACGGAGGAUUAGGAUUAACUAUUGCCAAUAACCUAGCAACAGGAUUAGGAGGGAAUAGGAGAAUAAAAGUAAGAAGUGAAUACAAAGCUGGUAGUAUUUUUUCAUUUUAUAUUGUAAAUCACGGACUCAACUAAAAAGGUUGCACUUAUAAAUAAACUAAUCUUUUUAGUAAGUAGAUAGUAAAUUGGGAAUGUUUUUCUUAAUAUUCAAAUUAGCAGUAGACAACAAUCAAUAAUAUAUAAAAAAAUAAUUCUGAAAAUAUUCAUCUUCAUUAAAAUUCUUCAAGCAUCAAAUAAAAAAAAUAUGAAAAGAAAUAUAGUGAUGCUACUCAAAGUUUGAUGAGAUUUAAUACCGAAAUUUUGUACUCUAACUUAAAUGUUAAUGUUUCAUAAAAUAAAAUAUUUUAUGAUUAGCCGAUAUAAUAAAACUCAAAUUCUCAUAAUAAAUAAAGUAUCAAAAAAGAAAAUACUUGCUAUGAUGUAGUUACUCCCAGCUAAUACCCUCCUAGCGAAGGAGGAAAGUUUAGUAGAAAAUUUUAACUUUCACUUAAAAAUACUUAGCAAGUUAUGGAAUAGUCAAAUAGUGAAAAUAACAACUCUCCAAUAAGACCCUAUUAAAACAACACAUAGGGCAAUUUAACUCAAAAACAAUUUGCAGAAAAUAUGUCAGAUUUUUAAAAGGAUGAGGAUUAUUUAAAAGAUUAAUUUUCAUGUUAGCAUUAGCAAUAUACAAUCGAUAGUCCUGGAAAAAGAUCAGAAAGUAGCAUAAAAAAGAGAUUUUAAGUAGAUAAAAAUUCAAAGAAAACAAUUAAUCGUCUCAGCACACAUAAUGCCUAAGGAACAGAAAAAACAGCUUAUCCUUCUUUAUAUGAUGACAAAGUUCUUUAAUCAACUUCUAUACUUAAUAAAAGCAAUAAUGAUAAUCAUGAGUCUAUAAAAGUAUUAAAUAACAACACUGAAAAUGAAUCAGAAUUUUAAAUUACUACGAUUCAAAAUAUAAAAAGAAAUAAUAGUAAAAAUAUAUAUUUAGAGUCUUGUGAUCUUCUCAACAUUUCUAACACUGAAUUAAACGAGUAAGAAAAUAAGAAAAUACCUAAUUCGUUUUAAUGCCAAGAAAUAUCUUUAAAAAGAACUCAAUUAAAACCCAAGUAAAAUGCUGGUAGUUAAUAAAUGUUGAGUUCAAUCUUUGGAUUUGAUUAAGAAGAUUCUGUAAUUAAAAUAAAAUUUAAGGGAGAUGAAGAAAAAAAUAUUACAAAAUAAAAAUUAGAUGAUCAAGCCCUAUCUUAAAUAUAUGAAAAAAAUAGUGAAUAAAUAGAAAGUAUUCAAUCGUCUUAUUAAGAUAUAUAUAGAAAUAAACAUUUAAAUUUAAAUGAUGCAAGGGUUCAAAAACUUAUAGAAUAAAAUACUACUAAAAAAAAUAAUAGUUUUUAGUUUGACAACUUAUUUAAUAAAUCUAUUCUCUUAUCAGAUUCAGAAGGGAACAAUGAAAUUGAUAAUCUACAAAAAAAAAAUUUGGCUGAAUUAGAACAAUAAGUUAAAUAAUUAGAAUAAAAUUAAAUACCGAAUGAAAUAUAUCAAAAAAAGUAGCAAGAGUAAAAGUUAAAAACUGAGAAAAUAGUUAACAUGAGUUCACUAGCUCAUAAAGAAUCAUACCCAAACAAUUACUCUUCCAGAGAGAUAUAAUUAUUAUAAGAAGAUAUAAAAUAGUAACUGAUUAAAUUUAAUUAGAAGAGGCUAUGUAAAUGUUCAAACAUAUUGAUUGUUGAUGAUGAAGGAUUCAACUUGUACGCACUAGAACUUAAGCUUAAAUUUUAUGGAUUUAUAGUUGAUAAAGCCCCAGGUGGCAUCGAAGCUCUAGAAUUUGUCUAGAAAAAGUUUGAAAGUGAUGCAUGCCAUAAAAAAUACGAUAUAAUUCUUAUGGAUAUAAAUAUGCCCAUUAAGAAUGGUUACGAAGCUACUGAAGAUAUUUUAAAAUAUUUCAAAAGCAAAAAUGUGAAUCAGCCAACCUAAAUAUCUGCUUGCAGUGCCUACAUUCAGGAAGAAAUGAAAAAAAAAGCAAAAGAAUGCGGGAUGAAGUAUUACAUAACAAAGCCGGUUAAUUAAUAAUAACUAGAGACAGUACUUAAGCAAGCAAUUUUAGAUGUUCCAAAUAAAAGUAAUUGA